AUGUCUGCGUUAAAAGGCUCGUCGAAACUCAAACACUUGCCUCGAGCAGCAUCUGGCCCCUUAAAAUGUCCAUUCGAAGGUCCAUCUCUUCUCGCAUCGUCUCAAUUCAACAAAGGAUCGGCUUUCCGGAAAGAGGAGCGAGCGGCUUUCAAGCUACAUGGACUACUCCCGCCGAACAUUCAGACGUUGGAUGAACAGGUUCGCCGUGCUUAUCAACAGUACACCAGUCGCGAUAAUGACCUGGCCAAGAACACUUUCAUGGCUAGUAUGAAGGCACAAAAUGAAGUCCUGUACUACAAGCUCUUGCAAACGCACCUCAAGGAGAUGUUCAGCGUAAUCUACACCCCAACCGAGGGAGACGCUAUCCAGAACUACUCUCGGCUCUUCCGAAGGCCCGAGGGUUGCUUUUUGAAUAUUCGCGAUCAAGACUCAAUUGAGGAAUGUCUGUCCGCCUUUGGCAAUGCUGAGGAUGUUGAUUAUAUUGUUGUGAGCGACGGGGAAGAGAUUCUAGGGAUUGGAGAUCAGGGCGUGGGUGCCAUUCUCAUCUCUGUCGCCAAACUAGUCAUCACCACCCUGUGCGCUGGAAUCCAUCCUUCACGCCAGCUGCCUGUCGUUCUCGAUUGUGGAACAAAUAAUGAGGACUUACUUCAAGACGAUCUUUACCUGGGUUUACGAGAGCAUCGUGUGCGAGGCAAAGAAUAUGACGAUUUCGUGGACAAAUUUGUUCAGAUUGCUCGCAAGCGCUUUCCCAAUGCCUACAUUCAUUUUGAGGACUUUGGACUUCAGAAUGCUAGAAGAAUACUGGACAAGUAUCAGUCAAAAAUACCCUGCUUCAACGAUGAUAUUCAAGGCACUGGGUGCGUCACUUUAGCUGCCAUGUUGGCGGGUCUACACGUCAGUGAUGUGAAGAUUGACGACGUCCGUGUGGUGGUUUUCGGCUCAGGAACUGCUGGCACCGGUAUUGCGGAUCAAAUUGCGGAUACCAUUGUAACCCAGACGCACAAAUCUAAGGAGGAAGCAUCCAAGCAGAUAUGGUGUAUCGACAAGCCAGGUCUUCUUCUCAAGUCCCACGGCGAAAAACUGACUCCUGCCCAGGUCCCCUUUGCAAGGGACGACAACGAAUGGCCAACAGAUAAACAACACGACUUGCUUUCCGUCAUUCACCAAGUCAAGCCCCACGUCUUAAUUGGAACAUCUACCAAGCCUAAGGCCUUCACCGAGGAGGUCAUUCAAGAAAUGGCGAAACAUGUCGAACGUCCAAUUGUAUUCCCACUGAGUAACCCGACACGUCUCCAUGAAGCUCAGCCAAAGGAUCUUUAUGAAUGGACCAAUGGCAAAGCUCUUGUUGCAACUGGAAGCCCAUUUCACCCUGUAGAAUAUGGGGGAAAGAAAUACGAUAUUGCUGAAUGCAACAACUCAACCUGCUUCCCAGGUAUCGGACUAGGCGCGGUGCUAUCACGUAGUCGUCUGGUAUCCAAAAAGAUGCUUGUUGCAGCCGUUGAAGCAUUGAAAGCGAAGUCGCCGGCACUAGAGGGCCCCGAGCGUCCACUUUUGCCCGACGUGGAAGACGUUCGAGAGAUCAGCGUGGAUAUUGCAGCGGGCGUCAUCCAGUGUGCUGUGAAGGAGGGCCUUGCUCAAGAAAAAGAUAUUCCUACGGAUGACGAUGAAUUGAGGGAGUGGAUUCGGGCGCAGAUGUGGGAAGCUGUGUAUCGGCCUCUGAAAAAGGAGUAA